AAAGAACUAUGUUUAUUACCAUUCCAAACACAAUUUAGAUCUAAAAUGACCUAAAUUAUGCAAGAUUCAUAACGCGCAUCAUUUUCUGUUAUUCCUACCCGAGCUGUGCUGUCGGCUGAGAUUCCACUAAGGUUCUCAUUUUAACACGUGUCUUGGUUCUACACUGUGUUGUAAAUAUUCCCUUCUAUGUGUAAUGAAAUUGGACGGUUUAUUGGGGCGGACUGAAAGAGUUAAGAAAGAGGCAAUAAAGACAAAAAAAUGAACAAACACGUUAUAAAAUUAUGACGAUUUUAUAUUGGGUAAUCGCUGCAUUUUACAUUUUAAAACAUUCAGAGCAAGUAAUAAAAUGCAAACAUUGUCACUCCAUAAGAUAAUAUCUGAAAUGAGUAGUCCUACCAUCCAAGUUUAGCUUAAGUUUGCAAGGAUUAAACACAAACGAGUGCACAUCACACACAUUCAACAACAUUAAAAUGUGCGACAACCAAGUAGCUAUGACAGAACCAUAUCUGAGAAACAUUGGAGAGCUCUUCUCAUUUUAAUGUACAUUUCAUGGUUUUAUCGAUCACAUGCUUACAUUAUGGCCUGACAUAUACGGUAUAUUCGGGUGUAAUGGUUUCUACUCUCACAUAAUGCAAGAUUUUUUAAGUGUCAAGAUUUUUAAGCAACUUUGGUGCAAUAAAAUGUGGUAAUUAACCAUUUGAUCGUUUUGUAUCAGUGAUGGAGAGAAAACGCUGUUGAUUAAAUUAUGGUGAAUUUUAUUGAUUUGUGGAUGACAGAAAUAAUGUCUAUCUAUCAUGCAAAUAAUAUUUUUUUCAAAAAUGUUUGUUUUAUUGAUUUCUUUUAUCAAUACUACCAUUUAAACAGCACAUUUAUUGGCACUGUCUCUGUUAAAUGCUAUAAACAUGUUAUAAACACAGUAAGGAACCAUCCAUUGUGAUGUGGUAGCCUCUUUUAACAAUUCUUUUUGAUAACAGGACACACUCAUGAGUCUGAAAAACAGGGGCCUGGUCUGCUCAUCUCUCUGGAAUCUGGAAUACUUGAUUCUGACUGGUCAAUGGCGCCAUCCAGCGGUCAGAUAUUGUUCUGUAACAACCGCACAUCCAGGGAUUAAGACAUAUCAGACCGCUCAUCCGGGUUCUCUGAGCUGUCUUUCCUGCUUCUCGGAUCACUGUGCGAUCUCUACAAUGCCAGCUCUGAUUCUGGCUGCCGCUAUGCCCCUGCUGGAAGAAAGUUCCCUCUCGAGGGACUGUACUCCGACUGUGCCAGUCGUCAUCAUUGGUAACGGUCCUUCCGGUAUAUGCUUGUCAUACCUUCUGAGUGGGUAUACUCCUUAUUUGGAUGCAAUGGCUGUGCACCCAAACCCCAUCCUCUUUCGUAAACUACAGGAAGCCAAGCAGCUUCCCAUUACUGAACAGGAUUUAGAGUAUCUCUCUGAGGGUUUAGAGGGGCGUUCAGGGAACCCUGUGGCAGUGCUUUUCGACACACUCCUACAUCCAAAUGCAGAUCUGGGCUUUGAGUUCCCCUCAGUACUGCAGUGGAGGCUGGAAAAGAAACACCACAUUCCUCAUCUGGUUUUGGGCAAAGCCACACCUGGUGGUGCCUGGCACGCAAUGGAGGGUUCAAUGCUAACAAUUAGUCUUGGGUUAUGGAUGGAGUUACCAGGAGUCAACUACAGAGAUUUGUCCCCAGGCAAGAGGAGGGGGGUGUCCAAUGAUCGAGCCACUCCAGAGGAGAUCUCUUCCUACUACAAAAACUAUGUCAAGCUCAUGGGCCUCCAGAAGAACUUUGUGGACAAUACCUAUGUCACCUCUGUUCAAAAACUCCACCGCAGUCAUGAAAAAAGCACUGUAAAUGGUCAGAUGAAUGGUGUCAAAAAUGGGUUUGAUUACUGCAAUAUGAAUGGGACUGAGAACAGUCAGAAUGGAGUGCUGAAUGGGUUUAUUAAUGAGUUCCAAAAUGUAAUGGAGAAUAAUAGUGGAAGGGGUGAGAUUGGGGAAGAUGAGGAUGAAGAUAAGAGAGGUAAAGAAGGAGUGAGAGAGAGUAUUUGGGUUUCCCAAGGGCUUUCACAGGGACUCUGGGAGGUCAGGGGCUACCAACAGCUCCAUGGUGACACUCACAUCCCAUUUAGCCUAUUUGCAGAGAAUGUUGUCUUAGCAACAGGGGCAUCUGACUCACCAGUUCGAUUGGGAGUAGAAGGGGAAGAUCUCCCCUAUGUGUUUCACAAUGUUCAUGACCUUGGUGUUGCUGUCAGCUGCCAUGGCAACCUGGGCCCUACUUCUGACCCUGUGCUGAUAGUGGGGGCAGGGCUUAGCGCAGCCGAUGCAGUGCUGUGCGCUCUGAACCAAAGGGUUUCUGUGUUGCAUGCCUUCCGUAAGCGUGUCGAUGACCCAGAUCUCAUCUUCAAACAGUUGCCAAAGACAAUUUACCCAGAAUAUCACAGGGUCUAUCACAUGAUGUGCUCCCAUGCUUACCCAGCAUCACCUGUUGCCAAUCCCACAGCCUCUAAUCCAUCUCUGUUCCCAGACUACACCAGCUUCCCUGAGCACUGUGUGCUCUCUUUCCAGCCUGACAUGCACUGUGUGAUGAGGGGAUUCAACGGUGUUCUAAGAGUCUUAAAAGUCUCUAUGGUGCUUGUUCUGAUUGGGACCUAUCCCAACCUAUUUUUCUUGAAGGAACAAGGGCAGUACCUCGGCUUGGAUCCCAGUAGGCCAAUCUCCUGCGGACAAAAUCCUAUCGACAUAAAUCCUUACACCUUUGAGUGCAAUGCUGAGCCUGGGCUCUUUGCCAUGGGUCCCCUUGUUGGUGAUAAUUUUGUACGUUUCUUGAAAGGUGGUGCUCUUGGUAUUGCUAGCUGUCUGCUCAGGAGACUGAAACAGAGGAUGAAGAAGAACAGGAAAUUGAUUGCGAAGGAUGGAGGGUGUGGAGGACGAGGAAGAGUAGGCAGUGGGGGAGGAGGAUUUGUCUAAGGGUACUAGAGGUUUUUCAUGACUGGAGGAGCCUUGGGAAACAUCUUUUUGUCUGUAUGCAGUGAAUACAUUUAUUCAAAUGUGAAUACAAUGUUCAACUUUCAUACCACAUACAAGUACAUUGGCAAAAAUGAACAGAUGCUAGAAGACAGAAUUUCUUCCCAACUGUGUCUUAGGCUGACUGUCUUACAAAAAAGGUAUUCACAGGUCAGGAAAAAUGUGCCAAUAUUUUAAGUUUCAAUGUUUGGUCUAAAAUGGAGUAUGCUUUACCUCUUAUUGUUGCAUAAAUUGUCAGUUGCCUUGGUGUAACUUAGUUAUCUGUUCUUGCAGAAAUUACAUAAGACAGCGAAUCUCACAUUCUUGAUUACAGUGCCUAAGUCUAGGAGGCUCAAGGCUAGGGUAUUUUUUAUUUUUUUUAUUUUUCCCCUUUUUCACCCAAUUUGGAAUGCCCAAUUCCCUAUGCGCUUUUAAGUCCUCGUGGUCGCGUAGUGAUUAGCCUCAAUCCGGGUGGCGGAGGACGAAUCUCAGUUGCCUCCGCGUCUGAGACCACCAACCAUCGCAUCUUAUCACGUGGCUUGUUGAGCGUGUUGUCACGGAGACAUAGCGUGUGUGGAGGCUUCACGCCAUCCACGCUCAACUCACCACGCGCCCCACCGAGAACGAACCACAUUAUAGUGACCACGAGGAGGUUACCCCACGUGACUCUACCCUCCCUAACAACCGGGCCAAUUUGGUUGCUUAGGAGACCUGGCUGGAGUCACGCAGCACGCCCUGGGAUUCGAACUAGCGAACUCCAGGGGUGGUAGCCAGCAUAUUUAUCGGGUGUUCUAGCUCUUCAAACUCUACGCGUUUCACCACAAGCCCUGAUGGAUCUGUUUGACGUAUGGGCACUACGACUGCUUUGUGAUACUUUUUAGUACAGUCAACUCCAGGCAUAUGUGCAGAUGAUGUGCACAGAUGUGUACAAGUAACCGAAACUGGGCUGUGCGGACUGUACUGAUGACUAAAUUUAUGUUGCGCAUCGUGUGCGAGAUGCAGCGGCAUGCAGAAAUCUGAAGUGUAAACUUACAUAGCCUUCACACUGAGCUGUGUGAGAAAGCAAUAUCUAAAAGAGCAAAUACAUUUUAAAGUCCCAGUUCUUGAAAAUUAAGACUGCACAGAAGUUUUAAUGUGAAAUGCUGAUGAACGCACAAUAAGCACAACAUUUCAAAAACCCUAUAUGAUCUAAUGCAUUUUGUUGCCUCAAAGGUAAUAAUUAUUGCAAAUGGUCUUAUCCCAAAUCUCUUAAUUGUCCUCUUUAAAUUAUGUCCAAUUGGAUUUGUAUUGUAAUUUAGAAGAAAUAAUAGCACUUUAAAUACAAGAAACAAGGAAACAACCUUUUUACCCAGUGCUUCACAAGCACCCAAGUAUGCUAAGCGGGCUCCUAAGAUAACUCUGAACUGUAGACUGUGUGUGAUAAUGUCGAAGGGCUGAUGCAAUGAGACACUACAGCAAUAGAGCCAUGAUCUGGACUUGACAAGGCAGGUCUUUAGAGGGAUUACUGCUAAAAGACGAGAAGGGAGAAAAGGGGAGGCCACAUUUUAAGAGCUGGACUGUGGAUCUUAGUAGUUUAAUAUUCCAUCAAACAAGAUUCAAACCUUCCUUGUUCUUUCACCAGUAACCUAAAACAAAUGUGCACAAGUGCCAAACCACAGAAAUGCAUUCAGUCCUUAGUGACUGUGGUGUUUUUAAGUUUAGGCAAUUUCUAAAAUAGAUAAUGCAGAAAUCUGAAUUUGUUCAGCUGAAUUUAUAGCCUUGUUCUUUACCACAGAAUUCUGUUUAAUCUAGCAGGUUUUAGAGAUUUCACUCUCCAAGAUAAGACAUUCUUGCAAAGAGUCCUACUAACAGCAUCAAACAGUGACUCUUAUUAUUUGAAACAACUCUGUUGUGCCAAAUAAAUUUAAGGAACAUUUGAACUUGCAUUCAUUUUUUACAUCAGCCAUUAAUUUUGUCAGUUUAGACAGCUGCUUAAGUUAUCUUUCUUUUUGGUGUAGUGUCACUGGAGAAGACUAAACCUGACUGAUUGAUUGAUG